AUGAAAGGUUUAAGUUAUGAAGGAAUAAAGAGAGGGAGACCAAAGAUGACAUGGGAUCGAUGGAAUUGCCUCAAUGCUGAAGAACAGAGGGCUCAGCUGGACAGAAGCUGUUUCACCACAAGUGACUCGAUGGUGAAUAAAUAUAAAAAAAAGACGACGCAAGGUACUUGGAGUAGAGACGUUAUGCAGACUGCAAUAAAUUUAUGUAGGGCUGGAGAAUCUAUUAAAGGGACAGCCAACAAAUAUGGACUUGCGUAUGCUACCCUUUACAGACAUGUCAAAAGUGGAAACGCUUCCGCACAGCUCGGUCGAUUUCGUCCUACAUUCACGGAGGAUCAAGAAAUUGAACUGGUGACAUACCUGCAAGAUAUGGACGCAGUUUUUUUUGGCCUUACUCGGGAUGAAUUCAUGAGUCUAGCAUUUGAGUAUGCACACCGCAACAAUUUGCGUUACCCUGAGAGUUGGAAUAAAAAUAAAAAAGCUGGAGAAGAAUGGCUGCAAAGGUUUUUAUCACGUCAUACCAACUUGACACUAAGAACUCCAGAAUCAACAUCUGUAGCGAGGCUGAAAGGAUUUAAUCGCCGCGAAGUGAGCCAUUUUUAUGAAAAUCUUGAAUCUGCCAUUGAGAAAAAUAACAUUGAAGCCUCCAGACUAUACAAUAUGGACGAAACCGGAAUAUCAACGACCUCAAAUAGGCCUCCAAAGGUUAUCUCCGUAAAAGGGAAAAAACAAGUGGGUAUGAUUGCAAGUGCAGAACGCGGCCAAUUGACAACCGUCAUCGGGUGUUGUAAUGCUGCUGGCAGUUUUCUUCCACCUUUCCUGAUUUUUGCAAGAAAGAAGAUGCAAGCAAGGCUUCUUGAUGGUAGUCCUCCAGGGACUCAAGCAACGUGUACUCCUAAUGGCUGGACAUCAGGGGAAGUCUUCUUGAACUGGAUCCAUUUUUUCGUAGAGCAAGUGAGGCCAACAGCAGAUAAAAAGGUUCUACUAAUAUUGGAUAACCAUGAAAGCCACAAAUAUUAUCCUGCACUUGAGUAUGCCACCAAGAAUAACGUGGUAAUAUUAUCCUUAGCACCGCAUACUACAAACAAAAUGCAACCUAUGGAUGUUGCUGUGUAUGGCCCACUGAAAACGCAUUUCGAAAGGGAAGUUAACAUUUUCCAAAAAUCUCACCCUGGCCGCAUCAUUAAUCAGUACGAUGUAUCUAGAUUGCUAGCACCAGCUUAUCUCAAAGCUGCCGUGGCCAUCAAUGCAGUGCAUGGAUUUGAAAAACCUGGGAUUUGGCCUGUAAACAAGCACGCAUUUGGUGAUGAGCAUUUCACACCAGCCGAGGUACUUGCAGGUACAUCCACUUUAAACAGUCAAGCUGGAACUUUGGCCCCAAUAGAAAGCAUUGAUUUACCCGAGUCCGCUGUUGAAGCGUUACCUUCGAUUGAACCUCAAGAUCAGCCCAUAUCACCUUCAUUUGCAAAUGCCACUCAACAUUCUCAUUCAUUCAUAAACCCUAUUGAAGGAGAAACCUUACAGACUAUAGAAUCUGUUAGUUCUUUACCUAUUGCGUCAUCAGGUGAAGUUGUUGCUUUAGGUGAUUUUCAGUCUCAAGACGAAGUAAAUAUAUAUAUUGAAGAUCGACCGUGCACUCCUAUUAGAUCUGAAACUAAAAAAGAAAGCUAUGGCAAUACUGUUCCCGCCGCUUCACCCGAACCUGGAUGUUCUAAGACCUACUAUAGUCCUUCAGUUUUGAGACCUAUUCCUCAGCCUGCUAGACCAACAACAACACGUAAACGGAGGUUACAAAGAUCUAGUAUACUGACGAGUACUCCAGUAAAAGAAGAGCAGAAACAGAAAUUUGAAAAAGGAAAAAAGCCUGCUAUGAAGCCACUAGAUGAUGUUUCGACGAAAACUUCUCUGAAGACUGGUAACAAAAAAACUGUUAAAUCUAAAAUCACUGAUAAAAAAGCAAAGAGGAGUGCAAAAGAAAAUGGAAAUCAGAAAAAAAUACGGAAAUUUGAUGAUGUCAGCUGCAUUUUCUGUGGUGAAAUGUACAUUGAAGAAGAUGAUCAGCCAACGGAAAACUGGAUACAAUGUAGUAUUUGUACUCAAUGGUGCCAUGAAGAGUGCUCAGCCUUCGAAGGCAGUGACGAUUUUGUUUGCGAUAACUGCAAAAAUUAG